CUCUCUCUCUCUGUCUAACUCUCUCUCUCUCUCUGUCCCCUCUCCAGGACUGAGGAGUUGAAUCCUCCCCAGGUGGUACAUGCUCUGCUCCCCCUCCUCUUGGAGAGCAGUACAGAGAGCGUGGCUGAGAUCUGCUCUACCUCUCUGGAGCGUAUCCUGGGCCCCGCGGAGUCAGACACCUUCCUGGCCCACGUCUACCAGAGACUGGUCACAGGAUGCUACAACAUCAUCGCCAACCACUCAGACCCCAACAGUGGUCUGGACGAGUCUGUGUUGGAGGAGUGUCUACAGUAUCUGGAGAGGCAGCUGGAGAGCAGCCAAGUGUGCAAGGCCAUGGAAGACUUCUUCUCCUUCAGUGGAGAACUGGUUCAGAUCAUGAUGGCUACAGCCAAUGAAAACCUUUCUGCUAAAUUCUGCAACCGGGUGCUGAAAUUCUUCACCAAACUCUUCCAGCUCACGGAGAAGAGUCCCAACCCAAGCCUGUUGUGUCUGUGUGGCUCCCUGGCCCAGCUGGCGUGUGUGGAGCCAACCAGGCUACAGUCGUGGCUCACCCGCAUGACGGCCACGCCACCUAAGGACUCGGAGCAUCUGGAGACGGUGCAGGAGAACAGGGCGCUGCUACAGGUGCUCACCACGCACAUUGUCAGGGACAACAGCCAGGUGGGCGAGGGCGUGUGCACCGUCCUGCUCUCCACCCUCAUCCCCAUGGCAACAGAUAUGCUGGCCAAUGGGGACGGCGCUGGCUUCCCGGAACUCAUGGUGAUCAUGGCGACCCUAGCCAGCGCCGGUCAGGGGGCGGGGCAUCUGCAGCUGCAUCGCGCUGCCAUCGACUGGCUGACCAGAUGCAAAAAGUACCUGACCCAGAAAAACGUUGUGGAGAAAGUGAGCGCAAACGUGUCCCAGGGCAAACAUGCCAGCAUACUAGAGUGCUCCUGUCAUAUCAUCUCCUACCUGGCUGAUGUGAUGAACGCCCUGAGACAGAGCAGUGGCCAGGGCUCCUCCGUGCUGCUGGUUGAUGGAGAGGAGAAGGCUGUAGAGGUGGACUCAGACUGGGUUGACGAGUUGGCUGUGGAGGACGAUGACUCACAGGCUGAGGACUCUGAUGAAGACUCCCAGUGCAAUAAGCUGUGUACCUUCACCAUCACCCAGAAGGAGUUCAUGAACCAGCAUUGGUACCACUGUCACACGUGUAAGAUGCUGGACGGGGUAGGUGUGUGUACAGUGUGCGCCAAGGUCUGUCACAAAGACCAUGAGAUCUCCUAUGCCAAAUACGGCUCUUUCUUCUGUGACUGCGGGGCCAAGGAGGACGGUACCUGUCAGGUGAGACCGAAUACCUCAGGUCACCAUGGGAAGAGAACCACUGCGGCCCUGGUGAAGCGCAGCCCCAGCAGUGGGAUCGGCUCUGCCGUGAAGGAGUCGUCAGCCUUCCAGAGUGAACUGAGGAUGCCUGAGAGCGCCAUCCGCCAUCAGGGCUCUAGCGACAAGGGCAAGGUCACCAUCUGUGAGGGCAAGCCUGGCGACGAGGACCGGCCCAAGAAGAGCAGCGUCUGUAAGAACAUCGAGGGAUGCCAGGAGGAGCUGCUGGCCCAAGUGUCUGGCUCGUCCACAGCGGCGGUGGUUCUGGAGAUGUUGAUCUUCCUGAUGGAUGCCAUCCAGACUAACUUCCAGCAGGCCUCUGCUGUAGGCAGCAGCAGCCGAGCUCAGCAGGCCCUCAACGAGCUACACACUCAGGACAAGAGUGUCGAGAUGACUGACCAACUGAUGGUCCCUACCCUUGGUUCCCAGGAGGGAGCUUUUGAGAACGUGCGUAUGAACUACAGUGGAGAUCAGGGUCAGACCAUCAGACAGCUCAUCAGCGCCCACGUGCUGCGACGCGUCGCCAUGUGUGUGUUGUCUUCACCCCACGGCCGUCGCCAGCACCUCGCCGUCAGCCACGAGAAGGGCAAGAUCACCGUCCUGCAGCUGUCGGCUCUUCUAAAGCAAGCUGAUUCCAGCAAGAGGAAGUUAACCCUGACUCGUCUGGCCUCGGCCCCCGUCCCCUUCACCGUGCUCAGCCUCACUGGGAACCCCUGCAACGAAGACUACCUGGCUGUCUGUGGACUCAAGGUUAGUCAGAUUCAUUACAGGGUCUUCAGAAGCUAUGUCUACGAUUCCUCACAAUCCUGUCUUCUUGCCUCCCUCUCAACCAUAUGGGGGCAGAGGGUUCAAGGUCGUCCCCUUUGACCUUCUUCUCAAAUG